AUGGGCGACCCUGAGUGCGCCUGGGUGCUGCAUGGAGUUGAGUGUGUGGCAAUCAGUGCAAACAUAUACCGACGCGAAUAUUUGACGCAAGAUAAAGAGAAGUGCAGCACCCAAGUGAUAGAAAAGCCUACAACCACACCGCAGCCAUUACUCCAACGUAAAAUGGAAUGUUUAUGCGAGUCACCCACACAAGUACCGUGCACCACUGAAGUGUUCCAGAGAGAAGUUGUCACCAGUACAGCUGAAUUCCUUAACCCUUGGGCCUGGUUUCUGUUUUGCAUAGGACUCGCCUCAGGAGCGUUGCUGAACCUCAUACUAACAAGGAGCAAGUGA